AUACGAGAAAGAGUUCUGGAGAGAGACUAAGAAGGUUAAGAGAAGAGAGAUAUCACUUGAUAGAAAAGCUGUCUUCGCUUUCUUAGAAAAGUGGACUUCAUUUCCAGCAACACUAGAUUGACGUUUGAUUACCACAAUCAGCGUUAGAGCAAGAGACCAGCUUCACCAGCAUAGAUCCGUUCUGCCAAAGGAUUCGUCAAUAGUGCGUUAUUUUAGAGAAUAUCAGCAUAUCAUCGAUUAAUCUCGAGACCUCUGUUCAAGGAUUCAGGGAGCUUCAAGAGAACCAUAGGAGCAUCACAUGUUGAUUCAGAAGUUUCCUUGACUACUUCUUUGUUCAUAUUCCGGAGCAUCGCACCUAUACAGCACCUCUGUUUUCAGCACAUCUUCACCAUUGCUAGCGUAUUCAUCUGAAAGGAAGGUUCAAAUUUUCAUUUGUAUUUUCAUCACUGCUGAUGUAUUUGCCUCUGAAAGAGAUUCUCUUCACCAUCAAACUUCUUCAUCGAAAGGAAUCACCAUUAUCACGAAGGAUCGGUUAUGAAUAACCAUCAAAGGGCAUCAAGAUCAUGAGGCAUUGCUUCCAAUUGGGUCAUUCUUCCAUCCUUGCAUCUGAAUCCUCACCCUGACUCUGGUUUUCACAAAUCAAAUUUGAGCAAAACAACCUAUUGUGCUUACCAUUGAUUUCGGGUCAUUUAACUUUGUUUCAAAGUGAUAAUUGAUAUUCAGAACAAAGGUGAGAAGGUGAGUGAAGAUAUUUUGAAGUUGUUUUAUGGAUAGUGGCAACCAUGAGUUUUGUACGUGGAUCAUGGAGGGUGCUUCAUGGAGGCAAUCAUUUGCAUGAAGAAGCAAUGGAUAUUAAAAUUGGUGGAUGAAUAAUAAAAAAAAGACUUAGAAUUUUUAAUGGUGGAAAACGGCCCAUGCAUUAUUGAAAAAGGUAAGUUAGAGUUUUUUAUUUAAUUUUUGAUGUGUGAAUAUUAAUUUCGAAGUGGUUUUAGAAUUUUAGUUAAUUUACUUUAAUUGAUCCCAUGUUAUUAUCUCCAUAUGUUAAGUUUGGUUUUAAUCCUUAAUUGGUUUUUAUCUUAGUUUAUGCGCUUCUUGAAUUUUAGAUGUUAGUCUUGGUUAAUAUUUUUGUUAGUUUGUUUGAUUUGGAAGUCAUUAGUUUGUUGCCUAAGUGAUUGUUGGUCAAAUCAUCUUUUUUUAAGGCCACUAGAAACCCAUGAAGGUUGGCCCUACUCUCACCACUUUAGUCAGAUUGGUUGUUUAAAAUUUUAUUUUGUGAUUUUGUUUUCCUUUGGGUUGCCUAUGUUUGAUCCUUGAGUAUUAUCGUUUGUAAAUGAUUUCUUUCCUUUUAAGAAGAAACAUUUUCUCAAAAUGUUCCUCAUUAAAAUGCAUUUCAAAAGUUCAUUUAAAGUCCUUAGAAUCAAAAUCUCAUUUUUUUUAUAAAUAACAUACAACCAUGUUUUGAUCGGUUUGCAUAUUUCUCAAUUUUCAAUAAAAACUAUGGUUUUGAGUAAAAUACGAAUCCAAGCUUGUGGUCCCAAAUAAAUGGGAUAAUUCUAGGCUAGAUUUGUAUAUAUCAAUUGGGGAAUUAAUGAAACCCCCACAUAAAAUCAUUUUUUCAAAACUCAUCUUUGCUACCACCUUUACUACUUGUUGUAAUCAUAUCUAUCUAUUUUUUUAGGAAUUAUAUACAAGAUAUAUGUGAUAAUUGAUUAUUUCAUAUGCUUUGAUAAUUUUUGUCAUGCUAAUUAGAUAACAAGCAUGCUAGGAUUUAUUUAUUUUAUUAUUUAUUAUCUAACCCCUCAUGUCUUGUGGAAGCACGUUACAAGUUACCUAUGCUAUUCAGGUAUGUUUCUUACCUUCAUAUUUUAAUUCCAUAAAUUAUGUAUUGCUUUAUACAUGAUCAUUAUGUAUUGCUUCAUAUGCGAUUCUCAACCUAUUCAACAUAUCUCUUUGAUUGUUUGUUUAGCUUGCCAAAUUUGAUUAAGAGAUUAGGGUAAAAUACAUGUUGUGUGUCUUAUUUUCCAAACUAACCAUUGAUGCCUUGUAAUAGCACUUAAGAAGCAGUUCAGGUACACACCCUAAAUCUUCUUUAUGAUUUGUGAUUGGUUUUAUUGUUUGGCAUGCUAUUUUUUAAAAUCACCUAGCCUACCUAGGUAUCUAAAAUCAACCAAUUAAUUGUCUUAUUUCCCUCAACUUAGUCAGUAGAGACCUUUGUAGGGCUUAGAGGGGUGCUACCUUUUAGAGGUACCUUUCCAAUAGGUAACCUGAUCCUCGGACCUAGAGUUGGAUUUUUCAAAGACACGUUUUUCCAAAAACUAUGAGGUCACCUCUUUAGGGUUUUCUUUCUUGUUUUAUUUUCCCUUUUAAAAUAAAAUAAAAUAAGUGGCGACUCCAACUUUUCCAAAACUAAUUUUCACCAUAUAAAAGCGAGUCUCGCCGACGAGUGGGGAUGCAUGUGAAAAAUGUAGGUCCAUAUUGAUGCCUAAAACAAAUGGGGUUAUUGUGUUUAUCAAUGAAAAAUGGGAGUAUAUACCAACUAGAUUGACCAUUGGUUGGAGAGUUUGUAUAUACCAAAGGAAGUUUAAUGCUGCAAGAACCAAAGACCAAUUUCCCCUAUCAUUCUUGGAUGAUAUGCAUACAUAGUCACCAGCAAUAAGAAUAUAAAUGUAUCCAAAACAACUAGGAAAUGCACAUAUGGACUCAAUAUUCCAACGUUCAAAGACUUCAACUAUAAGGGUAUUAUUAAGAGGUAUAGCCCUACCAUUGUUACAUGAAUUCAUACCAUUGAAAACCCAAUAGCAACUCGUAACCAAAGAGACAAACAUAGAGUUACUUUUUUUUAAAAUGUGGUAUCAAAUUUUAUAGUUUUUCAAAAUGAAGACCAAUGUCUUUGAAGAUAUGCCAAGUUGGUAUUAAUUACUUAAUAUCAAUGAAGACAACUCAAAUGGAACCAUGCUCAUAACUUCCCCUUCAACACAAAAAUUCCAAAGAAAUCCCAAUCUAAGAUGGGAAGGUGGUACUUGGCUUCUCCACAUCUAGAAUGUCUGAAAUUGUUAUGAUGGCAUUCAACAACAAUUGUAGCUCCAGAGAAUUGAAGGGGAGCAUUUCACAAAAAAUAAGUUACUUGGCCAUAGAGUGCAUACGAGUUGACAUGCAUACGAGUUGACAUAUGAUUCUGGUAAUAGUUACUGCACUAUACUACAGAACUAAACAUAUAUAGGUAAGCACCCUUUUUACAUGGAAGAAUUGGUCUCUGUAUUUGGGAUCGAGGAAACCAUGACUUGAAUGCAGGGGCACAAACCAUAUAAAUCAUAACAGGUUCUAGUUUUAUCCUGUAGAGAAACUCAUUCCAAAUUCUUUGUUUUGGUUGUUACAUUAAUCUCUUGUUAAAAACGGAUUUAACAAAGUCUAUGGGAAUAAUUAAUUUUACAGGGGAAAGUCAUCAUGGAUACAGCCAUCCAAAAACUAACAAAUUCCAAUAAACAACAAUAGCAACACCACAAAUCCAAGAACAAAUAAAUACAACAAGAGAUAUAUAAACAUGAGAGGAAAACGACGAGAGAAAAUAAUAUAUGUAAUGUUUGACAUAGAAAACUCGAUCACCAUUGAAACAGCCAUGCAAAAAAGCUCACAAAUACUAACAAACAACUAGUGUAGCCAGUACAAACAAGGGGAUACAACCAAAGAGAGCAGUUGUAUAUGAGAAAGAGAGAUGAUAACUGUUUGAAUUGUUGGAAGAGAUUUGCAUGUGAAGGCGCAGGUUCAGAAUGUAACGAGUAUUGUUUCAUAUGGAAUGGGGCGAUGAUCACAAGUCAUGUCACAUCUGAAAUGCUGGGGUAAAACCAAUACUAAUGAAAAAUCCCUAUAAAUGACAUGAGAUAUAAUGUUCAUCAGUCACCAACCUCCCCUAACAGCUAUAGGCUCCAAUUUGGACUCCCAAAAUGGCUAAGCAAGAGCUUCUCCCCCUUCUCUACCUUACAUUGCUCGCAGCUUUUGUGUUGAACUGCCAUUCCGAUGAAAGAAAGGUAUAAUCUCUUCCAUUUUGCUUACUUCAUAGCAAAACUUAGGUUCCAUGAGAUUGCACUUUUUGAAUAGAACCAUUUGCUAUAUAUAUUCAGAGUGGCAUUUCAUGGAGUAUUGAGUGACCCACUUAGCCUUCAUCAAUCUCCUAUACCUAAUAUUGAUGAGUGCAUGGCUCACAGCUAACAAACUAAUGGGGUUUCUCAGCAAGCUUAGUUUAACAUGCAGGUCCAUAUCGUUUAUAUGGGAGAGAAGCCUCAUGGAGCUGUUUCAAUGGUAUCUAUGCAUCAUUCCAUGCUAGCAAGUGUCCUUGGAAGUACUGCAUCUGCAAAAGAGUCGCUAAUUUACAGCUAUGGAAGAAGUUUUAAUGGGUUUGCAGCUAAACUUUCAGAUGAAGAGGUUACAAGAUUUGCAGAUAUGGACGGAGUGGUUUCAGUUGUUCCAAACAGCAUGCUAGAGCUUCACACAACAAGAUCAUGGGACUUCAUGGGAUUUACUCAAUCCCAUGUUAGAGAUUCCCUAGGAGGAGAUGUGAUUAUUGGGCUGCUAGAUACAGGAAUUUGGCCAGAAUCCGAGAGCUUCAGCGAUGAAGGAUUUGGCCCUCCACCUGCAAAAUGGAAAGGAAUGUGCCAAACUGAGAAUAACUUCACCUGCAACAACAAGAUCAUUGGAGCUCGCUACUACAAUAGCUAUAAUGAGUAUUAUGAUGGAGACAUCAAAUCUCCAAGGGACUCAGAGGGACAUGGGACUCACACAGCUUCAACCGCUGCAGGCCGAGAGGUGGCAGGCGCAAGCUUCUACGGCUUAGCUCAAGGACUUGCCAGAGGUGGAUACCCCAAUGCAAGAAUUGCUGUGUACAAGGUUUGUUGGGUAAGAGGAUGUGCUGCUGCAGAUAUACUCGCUGCGUUUGAUGAUGCCAUCGCAGAUGGGGUCGAUAUCAUAUCAGUUUCCCUUGGAUUCACCUUCCCUGAACCUUAUUUUGAAGAUGUCAUAGCAAUUGGAUCUUUCCAUGCAAUGGGACAAGGGAUAUUAACCUCAACUUCUGCAGGAAACGAUGGUCCAUGGUUGGGUUGGGUCAGUAAUUACUCGCCUUGGUCGCUGACUGUAGCUGCCAGCAGCAUUGAUAGGAAAUUUGUUUCCAAAUUGGUUCUUGGCAAUGGACAGAUCUUCUCGGGAAUUGUCAUCAAUAACUUGGAGCUCAAUGGAACAUAUCCUUUAAUCUGGGGAGGAGAUGCAGCAAAUGUUUCUGCCCAAGAAACCCCUUUAAGUUCAGCAGACUGCCUUCCUGGGGACCUAGAUUCACGCAAAGUCAAGGGAAAGAUUGUUCUCUGCGAGUUCCUUUGGGAUGGAUCUGGUGUUAUCAUGGCAGGAGGAGUGGGAAUCAUAAUGCCCGCCUGGUAUUUCAAUGACUUUGCCUUCACUUUUCCCUUGCCAGCAACACUCCUCCGAAGACAAGAUAUGGACAAAGUAUUGCAGUAUGCUAGAUUUUCCAAGAAUCCAAUAGCAACAAUUUUGGUUGGUGAGACUAGGAAGGAUGUAAUGGCUCCCAUUGUUGCCUCCUUUUCAUCCAGAGGUCCCAAUCCCAUUUCUCCUGAUAUUCUCAAGCCUGAUCUGACUGCACCUGGUGUUGAUAUCCUCGCGGCCUGGUCACCCAUUGUAUCUCCAUCAGAAUACGAGCAUGAUACCAGGACCGCCCAAUACAACAUAAUCUCCGGCACAUCCAUGUCUUGUCCACAUGCCAGUGGAGCAGCAGCUUAUGUGAAGUCCAUCCACCCAAGCUGGUCUCCUGCUGCCAUUAAAUCUGCACUCAUGACCACAGCUUAUGUGAUGGACACAAGGAAGAACGAGGACAAAGAGUUUGCUUACGGUUCUGGCCAUAUCAACCCGGUGAAGGCGGUGGAUCCUGGCCUAAUCUACAACACAUCUAAGGCAGAUUACAUCAACUUCCUAUGCAAGCAGGGUUACAACACCAGCACAUUAAGACUCAUCACGGGUGAUGACAGUGUUUGUAAUAGCACUAAACCUGGGAGGGCAUGGGAUCUGAACUACCCCUCAUUCUCACUGGCCAUAGAAGAUGGGCAAGAUAUCAUGGGCAUUUUCAGUAGGACAGUUACAAAUGUAGGAUCGCCAAACUCAACCUACCAUGCUAGCGUGUACAUGCCCAAUUCUAUUGAGAUUGAGGUGGAGCCUCCUGUUCUUUCAUUCUCAGCAAUUGGAGAGAAGAAAUCCUUUACAGUGAGGGUGUAUGGACCACAGAUAAAUAUGCAACCAAUCAUAUCAGGUGCUAUCCUCUGGAAAGAUGGUGUCCAUGUGGUGAGGGCUCCGCUUGCGGUUUACACAGUCCUCCCAUCAGUAACUUCCUCAUAUAGAAAUCCGUCCAAGCAAACAAAGAGACCAAACCUGAAAGCUUCUAGCUCCAUGAAGAAAUCAGACCUGAAAGGCUCCUCUAUAUAUUACAAAAAUGGGAUUUUUUAGGUGGAACUGCCAAACUGAUCACCUCCACGAUCCAUCAAAAAUAACACUCGUGUAAUCCCAGUCAA